AUGCCAUAUAAUAAUAAUUUUUCAAGUUCUAAAUAUAGAGGUGGUAGGAGAUCGCAUCGCAAUGCCAACAAUACCAAUUUAAAUAGAGGUAGGAGAAACACACAUAACCCAUCAGCAUACCAGCAUGAACCAGCUACAUUAGAAAAUACAAAUCUCCUGUCUAAGUCACAAUCAAAAGAUUCAUUUACAUUUUCGAAUAAAAAAAGAAUACGUCCUGACAGCAUCAAUGGCGAUGAUGAUAUCUCUUCCAAUAAUGAUGAAGAUUCUGUGACCUUCCAUAAUAAUAAUAACAAUAUUACAAAUACGAAUAAGAAACGAAAUACAAAUACUUAUUAUAUGGGAAAUAGUAAGAUAACAUCUAGAUAUGAAACAAGUAAAACAGACUAUCCCAAAAGACAUUAUCAAACUAAGCCAGUAUCUCGUUAUGAAGGAUCUAAUAGAACUAGUUUAACCGAAUACUCUAAAAAUGCUUCUACGAAAUCGUCUACAUCAAAAAACACUAUAAAUAUCAAUUCUUUAGGUACAUAUAAAUCAAGAUUCGAUAAUACCACUCCAAGUAAUACAAUUUCAAAUAGGGAUAUUUCAAGGGAUAAAGAUACAGGAAAACAGAACAAAAAUACAAUUUUUAAUUUGCCAAAGGGUCCAAGAAGUAGUAGACAGAUACUCUCUCAAAGAUCCAAUUCUUCAGCAUCUCCAGUGACAUCAUCAACAGCACGGACAAUUCCCAAUAAAUCUCGUUAUAGUGGAAGUUCUAAGGUAUCUGGCACAGUUCGUGAAACUACUUGUUCUUAUCCCAAAUAUCAAACAAUAUCGUCUCAGGAGAGAUCUACUUCAGUAUACGAAAGGAUUUUACAAGUGGGUGAAGGUACAUAUGGUAAGGUAUAUAAAGCUAAAAAUACAUUAACUAGACAUCUUGUUGCAUUGAAAAAACUGAGGCUACAAAAUGAAAGAGAAGGAUUUCCUAUCACGUCGAUACGAGAAAUUAAAUUAUUACAAUCAUUUAAUCAUCCGAAUGUAUCAUCUAUUAGAGAAAUUAUGAUUGAAGGUUCAAGAACGAUAUAUAUGAUAUUUGAUUACGCUGAUAAUGAUUUGAGUGGGAUAUUAUUAAGUAAGAAUAUUAAAUUAAAGGAUUCACAAAGAAAACAUAUAUUUAAACAGCUACUAGAAGGAUGUUUUUAUUUACAUGAUAAAUGUCAAGUGAUUCAUAGAGACAUUAAAGGAUCUAACAUCUUGAUUGAUAAUAUGGGGAAUGUUAAAAUAACUGAUUUUGGGUUAGCUAGGAAAAUAAAUUUAGAUUCUAAAACAGAACUAUCACAAGGUUAUACUAAUCGUGUGAUAACAUUGUGGUAUAGACCGCCUGAAUUAUUAUUAGGUACUACUCAAUAUACUACCGAAGUGGAUAUGUGGGGGUGUGGAUGUCUUUUAUUGGAAUUGUUUACUACGUAUGCCAUUUUCCAGGGGUCAAAUGAGAUUGAAACCAUUACUAACAUAUUCAAACUUAUGGGGACGCCUAAUUUAACCAAUUUCCCAAACUUAUUUGAAAUGCCAUGGUUUUUCAUGGUUAUAUCAAAUAUUAAGGAAAAAUAUGAAUACCAAUUUGAUAACAAAUUUAAAGACAUUAUUCCAAGCUUAGAAUGUCUGAAAUUGGUCAAAGGUUUACUAGACUAUGAUCAAAAGAAAAGAUUCAGUGCGAAGGAGGCUUUGGAAUCCCCAUAUUUCACCGAAAAUCCCUUACCUGAACCAUUAAUACUUAAUGGAGAUGAAAGAGAGGGCGGAUGCCAUGAAUAUGAAGUAAAGUUAGCUAAGAAACAGCAGAAGGAAAAAGAAAAAGAAAAGUUGUUAAAAAAUUAA